AUGCCAGCGGCUGAGCGGCAGCAGGAAGGAUCCCAGCGGGGCUCUGAAGCUCAGCACAAUGGAAGGGCUGCCCUGGCACAGCCGGGAUCCUCCGGGAAGCGCUUCCACAUGGCUGGGACCGGGAUCCGGGCACAUCAUGAGGGGAAACUGAGAGUGCCCGAGUGGCCCUGGGGUGGAGGCUCCGUGGGGAAUCCCUCCCCGGGAACCCCGGCGGGAUUCCCCGCUCCCUGCCCGGCCCCCCUCCCGGCCCAUCCCCGGCGGGGCGAGCGGAGCCCCCGGCCCGCGGGGAAGGAAGGACGAGCCCGUCCGGCUGCGGCUUCCUCCGCAAGCCCUGCCUCGGUGCACGGUGCCCGCCCCCGGCCCUCCCCCGGCUCUCCCCGCUCCGAGCACCCCGAGCCGAGCCGAGCCGAGCCGGGCGAGCCCCCUGAGCGCAACAACAGUUGUGUCCCCAAGGCUCGGCCACCGCCCCUCGCUGCCGGGGGCGCCCCCGGGGGACCCGCGGGCACCGGGAGGAGGCUGCGCGGAGGAGCCGCCGCUGCUGGGCUGAGCAGCGCCCGGAGCUGCCCGGAGCUGCCCGGAUCCGGCGGUUCUGCCUCUCCCGGCCAUGGAGCGGAGCGCAGGGGCCGAGCCGCGGCUCCUCCCGGCCGGGCGCUGCCGCCCCAUCCUCCAGCUGCGGGAGCGGAGCCGCCGCUCGGCCGGGCACGGAGCGCUGUGCUGAGCCCCGACCGCACCCCCGGAGACAGAGAGCCCUCCGAGCCCUCCGAGCACCCACAGAGCCCUCUGAGCACCCACAGAGCCCUCCGAGCAUCCACAGAGCACUCCGAGCAUCCACAGAGCACCCACCGAGCCCUCCGAGCAUCCACAGAGCACUCCGGACCCACAGAGCCCUCCGAGCACCCCUGA